AUGGAAAAUGGCAAAGCUUCCAUUGAUGCAAAUUAUGUUCUGAGAGUGAAUAUCCAAUGCUGCAAUGAAUGUCCUAGAAAAAUAACCAGGAGGCUUCUCAGAGUUUCAGGAGUGAAAUCUGUAGCCAUAGACCAAGAUAAGGGGCUGGUAACAGUUUCAGGUGACAUUGAUCCUGUGCUGCUCUUACAGAAAAUUAAAAAAAUGGGCAAAGAAGCCAAGCUCUGGUUCUUUCAACAGGGACCUGGCCCCGACUGCUCAACGGAGCAGUCGAAGCGUGCUGAAUCUGAUAGAAACAAUGAAGAUGCUAAACAGCAGUUUGAUUGGCAUUUCCAGCAUAAGUGCGUACCGGAGACAAUGGCAAUGAAGGAACCCGGUUGGGGGCCUCGGAGCUUGCCUGCUAUGCCUUCCAAUGUUCAUGGAUAUUCGUACUCCCAGAGCAUUCCUCGACUCGGAUACCGACCAACAUGGCCGUAUCAGCAGCCAGUUCCCAGCCAUAGGCUCAUACCACCUCAUGGUUACUACUCGCAACCACCUCUGCCACCGCCUCUACCUGCUUAUCCUUAUUUUCAGCCGCAGUCUCCGCCUCAAGCUAAUCCUGUGAUGCAUUAUACUAGCUAUGCAGACAAUUGGGAGUAGUUUAUAGUCUAGUUUAAAUA